AUGUUGGGAUGCACUGCUGUCCACACGCAAAGGGCCAUUGUUGCCAGACAUGACCACAGGAUCUCGAGCGUCCCUCGAUUGUUAGGACCCGAAGUCCAGCCUUGCGUCUCAGCCAUGCUUGACGGACGUGACACCAGGAGGCGCAGACGAGCACCUACUGCCCACCGUGAGGUGGUGGUGAACUCCACCUCAUCGGCUUUGCUUGCAGGGAUGUUGCAGACGUAUGAGGAAGUGAUGGACUGGGCGGGACGGCUGCCCGAUCUCAGCCUCCUCCCCCACGACAAGAACCAACAACCCCAGGUUCUUGCCAGAUAG